AUGUCUACCACGAGUAUUACUGAUAUAGAAGAAGUUGUUAAAAUCUGGGCAUGGAAUGUAUUUGUUGCUACUAGAAGUAAAGAUCUAAAGAAUUUAAAACUAGAUGAUGUUGUAUUGGAUGUAAAAUGGGAUAAAGUCAGAUUUUUACAUGGACGACCUGAUUAUAAAGAACAAAGAAAAUUAUAUAAACCUAAUUCACAGGUUGUAUUCAGAUCAACUUAUGAGAACUGGACAGAUAAUGAUCAAGAACAUUCCUUCCAGACUGAGAGAACCACAGUCUCUAGUUGUACUACAGAAGUAUCCAAGGGUUUCACUAAAGGUUUUAACCUGGAGGUUAAGUUGGGUCUUCCUGAAGAAGUUGCUGCGGCAACGGCAGGUUUCGGUCGCGAGGUUAAUAUGGGAUCGACGGAGGAAAGCACGAGAGAGGAAUCUAUGACGUGGUCGAUUAAUAGCACCAUCAAAGUGCCACCAAAACACACGACAACUGCUGAACUUGUAGUACGUGAACAAGAAUUGAACGCUAGUUUCAAUAUGAACGUCAAUAUUAAAGGACGUGUUUUAGUUGUUGUAACAAAUCUUAAAGACAAUAAUUCAUUCGUUCAAUCUAUUGAAGGUGAUUUCAGUGAUAUAUUAAAGAAAUAUAGAGAUGAUAAUAAUAAUAAAAAUUAUAUCAUUGAAAAUAAAUGUGUAAAAUGGCAGCUAGAGGGUACAUGUCAUUUUAGAUUUGGUAUUGAACAAUUUGUUAGAUUACGUGAAAACGCUCUCGUGAAGAUUGACAAAUCCCUUGAGUGCUGA